UCAGGGACUCGUAAAAAAUCGUUUCUCAUUGUCUUCGAGCUCAAAACCAAAAGGAACGGCGUCUAAAAUGCAGUCGUUGCGGGUUUUUCUGAACGAGAGACUGACCGCAGCUGCUGAGGAGAUUCUCGGGGCUGUUGAGAAGACGAUAGCGAUGUACCACGAAGAGAUUUGCCGGUCGAAGGAUCUGGAAAUCGGUCGACUUCGAAUGCAGCUCAAGCUUCUGGAGGAGGAACCGAGAGAAGACAGUGACAGUGUUGAUCAUCACCUCCUGGAGCAACAUCAGCUUUCUCCUCCUCCUCCCCCUGAGCUGCAUCACCCUUCGUCUCCUGUCCUUCACCAGCAACCAUCUGGUUCCGAUCCCGAGGAGUCUCAGCACUGUGAGGAUGACUGCCAGCUUCUGGAACCUCCUCAGGUGAAAGAGGAGCGGCAGGGAGGUGAGGAUAGCUUCUGGAUAGACCAAGACCCCGAGCCGAUGCAAGACCUCGAUCCCAACAUCAAGGAGAUGAUCUCGUCGUCACCCCCUGCUCCCACCCCGGACACGAACGAGCCGCCCGUACCUUUCAUACUCUACCAGACCUUCGACACGGAGGAGGGCCGGGACAAACCGUACACCUGCUCCGUCUGCGAAAAGCGCUUCAACAACUGCUCCCAUCUGGUGGCGCAUAUCCGGACACACACAGGCGAGCGGCCCUACCGAUGCGAGAUAUGCAGCAAGACCUUUGUCACCACCAGUGGCCUGAACAGGCACCAGACGAUACACACCGAGGGGAAACACUUUGUAUGCAACUAUUGCGGGAAGUCCUUCAAAUGGAUGGAGUCUCUCGGGCGACACGUUCGGAGCGUUCACCGGAAAGACAACAUGCCUGUCGCGGUGAAUUAGCUUAAACCCGCGGGUUGUGUGCUGGGUUUACACUGUGCCAUGUUCACGCCAAACAACCACACUUUGGAUUGUGCGUCUAUUUUAUAAUGUAGCCAUUAGCGCAGCAACACUAGUGAUCCUCUUUUCUAAAUACCUGGACUGCACAUCAGUUAAAUGAAGGUCAAUGUUGUUUUUAUUCUGUGUUCUGACUCACAAUUUCUUCUCUUUUCAUGCAUAGUAUCAAAUUAGAGAUUGCUGGUGACUUUGUGGCGAAAAAAUACAUGGUACUGGUGUCCAACUGCCUAUCUUCAAAGCACGCGACCUAUGAGGUUCAGCUCUGCAUAUCAGCUAUUCCUUCAUCCAGUUGCGUAUAUGGUGAGGCACAGUGUCUGCCGAGGUUCAGUUCAAACGGUGUGAUGUGAGUAGGGACCUAUUUAGACGUGACUGUUCCAACAAGGUAUUGCUUUGUAUUCUGUCUUCUCAAUGGUCUAAAAUAGAUGCAGUUAACUGUGUCAGAGAGCAAGUGAGCUUUCGGUCCAUAAACUUAAAUCAAUAUGAAAUGACACUUCAGAGCUACGAAAAUUGGUAAAACCAGACUGAGGUGAUGCAUUCUAGUUCUACCAGAUUCUGGACUGUUAAUGCUUGAUGUUAAGAAAUGUCUUUAAUUAGAAAGAUCUAUUAAUAAUUGUUAAACGUGACAAUGCUUUUGCUUUUAAUUUGUGUGAUGCAUUCAGAUGUACCCUGGAAAGAUUCAUUUUCUGCCAUAGUAGUCAUGCAAAUCGACUCUGGGGUCGUUUUGGCAGACAAUUGAAAAUAUAGUGAAGCCAGAGCCUGAACACAUCAUCCAUCAUUUGACAUUAAAAAAGGGAUUUGUGGGAUUUAUGAUGCGUUCAAUGUGCUGUUCAACCAUUAAACUAAACAGUUGUGUGUGAUGUGUGUGAGACUCA